GAAUUAUGUAUCUUUCUUUCUUUCUUUCUUUCUUUCUUUAUAUAUGUUCUUUACAUCAAGAAGAGCCAUUGGGUCAAGAAUUACGCUGAAAUUUCACAGUUUCCAUUGUCAACUGGGGCACUGAUCGUCUUGCGUUUUCACAAUUUAUGUCCAAAAACUUUUUUCUGCGCAAUUUAUUGGAUUUGGGGCUAAGAAAUUACUGGACCGACACAAGUACAAACACAACGGAUACUCACCGCACUUGCUUUACUGGCAUCGGAAAUCCUAACGCAUCCAUAUCGAUGUUACCACUUCCACCAGGGAGUUUUAUUGAUUGUGAAGAACUCAUUCAACAUGUUGGGGAGUUUGCAAUAUCCCAGGGAUAUGUUGUUACCAUCAAACAGUCUAAGAAAGACAAAGUGGUAGUACUUGGCUGUGACAGAGGAGGUGUUUACAGGAAUAGGCGUAAGCCUGCUGAUGAGACAUCUAGUGGACAUUCUCGAAAAAGGAAGAUGCAAUCUCGUUUAACAAAUUGUCCUUUUGAGCUUGUCGGUAAGAAGGAGGAUGGCUUGUGGGUUCUUACGGUAAAAAGUGGAUCACACAAUCAUGAAGCUUUAAAAGACAUCUCGGAGCAUCCCUCUGCUCAACGCUUCUCAGAGAAUGAGGUUAUGUUAAUUAAAGAGAUGACAGAUUCUGGUUUAAAGCCACGUCAGCUUUUGAAGAGGCUGAGGCAGACUAAUCCAGAUCUUUUGUCGACACCAAAGCAUGUUUACAACAUUAAAGCUCAGCUACGACAUGGGAAUCUUAACGUGAGGAGAUUCAAAACUUUGAGGCCUUGUAUAUCUUUAGAAGGGAGCAGUCAGCCUGCAAUGACUGCUGAGUCUUCUUGGAGGAGACACUAUCCUCCGAGGAACCCUAAUCUUAUUGGUGGUAGAUUUGUCGACUCGCAAUCAUCUACAUCGGUUGAUGUAAUAAACCCUGCAACACAACAAGUGGUCUCACAAGUUCCUUUAAGUACGUGUGAAGAAUUUAAGCCCGCUGUGUUUGCAGCUAAAAGAGCUUUCCCAUUGUGGCGGCACACACCAGUUGCAACUCGUCAUCUGAUCAUGUUCAAGCUUCACGAACUUAUCCAGAGAGACAUUGUGUUGGAUAAGCUUGCCUUCGCCAUAGCUACUGAGCAGGGUAAGACUUUGAAGGAUGCUUGCAGUGAAGUGCAACGUGGGCUAGAGAUAGUGGAGUGUGCUUGUGGUGGGGCACUGCUGCAGACAGGGGAGUUUGUUUCAAACAUGUCAAACGAAAUCGAUACUUUUAGUAUCAGAGAGCCUGUUGGAGUUUGUGCAGGAAUAUGCACGUUCACAUUCCCCGCUAUGAUUCCAUUGUGGAUUUUCCCAGCUGCGAUUUCAUGUGGCAAUACAUUCAUUCUAAAACCAUCUGAGAAAGCUCCAGGGGCUUGCAUGAUACUAGCAGAGUUAGUAAUGGAAGCUGGUUUGCCUAAUGGUGUCGUAAAUAUUGUCCAUGGCACCAAUCUAAGCUCCACUUUCGAUGAUUUAACAAUCACCAUUUGCUCAUUAACUUCCUUAAUUGACAUUGUAAAUGCCAUCUGUGAUGAUGACGAUAUUGAAGUUUUGUCUUUUGUUGGUACUGAUGCUGUAAGUUUGACCCUUGGGGAAGAUAAACUAACAGAACGUGCAAAGGUACUAAAAGUAAAUGCUGGAACUGAACCUGGUGCAGACCUCGGACCAGUAAUCAGCCAACAGGUGCAUACAUUGACUCUAAUUUCUACUCCGAUAGGAAAUUUGCAGUUAGUAGUGGAAUAUCUGGAGUUUGUACUGCAAAAUUACCAUGUAUUUAUUGCUUUUCGUCGAGUCAAGGAACGGAUAUCCAAGCUAAUCCAAGCAAUUGUUGAUAGUGGAGCCAAACUAGUUCUUGAUGGAAGACAAAUUGCGGAGUUGUUUGAUGGAGAUAACCUCCCGCCCUCCCAUAAAAAAAGGGACCCUGGUUGCAAUAGUUCUUCUGAAGACAUAACAAAUAGAACUGAUUGCAAUAGGAAGUCAGAUAGAGUCAUGUUUUCUAUCUCCACUUGUACCAAAGCUUCUUUCUUCUCUCUUAAACAUUUGUGGAUGACAAAAGAGGUUUCAAAAUAUGAAUUGGGCAACUUCAUUGGUCCCACAAUAUUAUCUGAUAUCAAAGAAAACAUUGAAUGUUCCAAGGAGGAGCUACUAGGUCCUGUUCUUCUUUGUAUGCAGGCUAAUAGCAUAGAUGAGGCCAUUAACUUUGUGAACCAAAAUAAAAAAUAUUGCUAUGGAACAUCUAUCUUCACAGGCUCCAGGGCUCUUGCGAGGAAAUUCCAGAUUGAGAUUGAAACAAGGCAGGUAGGACAUCCCUUUUUUACUUUUAUCUUGUGAUUCACACUUCCUGGUCAAUCAAAAAGGAUACUAAGGAAUACUUCCCAGGAGGUGAGAUACCGAGUUGACUGAUACAUGUGUUGGCAGGUAUUUAGUGGGUAGUCAAGGUGCCCACAAAUAAACCCAGAAAUCACCAUUAUAAAGAAAAUCUUAAUUAUAAAUAGAAAAACUGGGAAACUUGUCGGAAAAUCUAAACAAUUUUUCGCAUAUUGAUGGACUCAGGUUUGCAUAAAUACUGCUGUUCUUGCUCCUUUGCCCCUCUUCCCUUUCGCAGGCUCAGAGUUGUCUUUUGCUGGGGAUCUCAAUGCCAUUAGUAAACAUACUCGGAAGAUAUGCCUUUGUUCCUAUUAUCUACAAAUUUUUCCUGUAUCUUAAUUGUCUAAAUUGAGCUGUGAGCUACGCAGGCAAACCUGGUGUACACUUUUACACCCAAGUAAAGACAGUGACUCAGCAGUGGAAGUAAUUCCCCAGUAGUGAAGGAGGAUCGCCAACCUUAACGUCAAACUACCGUCAAAGUAAUGAUGGACUGUCUCAGGGACUGCAAGCUCCAAGUUAUCAGAAUGGCGAUGGUGAUUAUCAAAACGGCGAUGGAAUAUCUCCUCAGGGAUUACAAUCUAUUGAUUACCAAAGUGGUGAUGGAGCAUCUCUGCUGUUACAAUCAAGGGAUUUCUCAAAUGGAGAUGGAGUCCAUCUGCCUUUACACCCAAAGGAUUUUUCGGUGUGUGAUGGUGAAUCUCUGGGAGAUCAUUCAAGGAAUAUCCCAAGUGGUAAUGACAUAUCCCCAACAAUACCAAUAUCUGAUAGAUCUCAUUGGACAUUGACCUUUUGACUAGCAAUUAUUUAUCUUUGGAACUAGAAAAAUGUGAAUAUUAUUUAUAAUUUUGCUUGCUAAAGGUUUAGGUUUCUCCAA